AUGGACUCUUAAUAUGAGGAGGGAGAAAUAAUAACUCAAAAGAGUGAUUAAUUAGAACCCAUAAAUAGUGAAUCCUCUUUGCGUUCUCUUGUAAAUCUUUUUAUAAACAUUUAGAGUGAUACAAAUGGUGAUGAAAGAGUAUGUAAAUUAUAAUAAGAAAAAUUAUGUUCUUUUUCUUAUGUUUGUGCCAUUUAUAACUUCUUAGGUCAUUGUACUCAAGUUGGUUGCAAGUAUUAUAAUUCAUAACUUUAAGGAAAAGGCAUAUAUUAUUAUAGGAUGGAUUAGAAUAAUUUUUUUAAGAAAAUAUCCAAUUAUUAACUUAAUUGAUCAAUAACGGGGAAAAAAUUAGAGUUCCUUAUGAGAAGCUUUUAAAUUAAUAAAAUAACAAUAAAAAACCCUAGCUAAUCAAACCUUAGGUUAUGACAAAUUAUAAUCAAGAACUCUGUGAAAAAUAUAAAAGAGCUUUAACUCUUCAAUUGAGAAAAGAUAUUGAUAAAAUGCAAGAUAAACUCAAAACCAUUUGUUAUCUUAAGAAAUGGGUGAGACACAAUUUUGUCGAUGCCAGAGAUUUUAACGAAUUGUAUUAUUCUCUAAAUGCAACAUAAUAAAUACAUUUUAUGAACUUUUUUAAAGUUCUUGAAUUAUAACCAUCCUCAUUUCAAUGA